AUGGCGGAGCCAUACUCUGAUUUCCCUCUACCAGCCGGUAUUACGAACAACAAUUCCCAACGAGCAAAUCAAGACGAUCCACCAGCAGGUAGAAGCUACUUCCGCCGGAGAGCUAUCGACCAGGACGUCGUACCCACAGUGGAUAUAUCCAUAGCACUCCACCAACAACUUCACCCCCUUGUGACAACAACUUGGAUAGACCAGUACGAUUUGAGUGCACGCUUGAUUCCAUAUCGCAAAGCUCUCGUCUCGAUUCCAUGGUUUUGGCAAAGCCUUUCCACCAUCUGUGAACUCCAGAGUCACCGCAGAGUGUUCGGCGACCAUCCUGCGGAGACACUUACCCCCAGAAGAGCCGAAGAACUGCGCGAAGAGGUCGUAGCAUAUCUGCUGGGGACUCGCCCAUAUGAAGAUAGUUAUCGACAACUGGAAAAGGGCUUUUCGGUUAGCGGGCACAACGCGCCAGGAUAUCUCAAAUAUCAAGAGGAGUGGAUAGAGGAGAGAAAAGAGUAUUUGACCGAGGAUACUUGGGAACUCAAAGAAAUAGCUGUCUCGCCACAAUAUCAAGGUAUUGGUCUCGGCUCCGAUCUUGUGAAAAGUUGGCUCAAAGCAGUCGACCUCGAAAACGGCAGUGCAUUCGUUUCCGCCCCAGCACAUUCAAAGUCCUUCUUCGAACAGUUCGGCUUUGAAACUCAAAAGAUCUCGAGCUUCGACUUAGGCAUGGUCCUGGAUCCUUUUGUAGUCCACCAGAUGAAGAGGCCACCAGAUGAAGAAGACCUACACCAAGCACCUAGUGGUCACGGAUGA